AUGUAUCCUCGUUGUGGAAGUAGUGGAUCCCUUCAAAAUAUCCACCAAACCCCGUCGUCGUCAAACCAUAAUUCAGAGGACGAAGAUGAUAGUGGAGAUAACAAGGCUUCAGCCUUAAGCUUUAAAGAAAGGCGAAGGGAGGCUCAUACUCAGGCUGAACAAAAGAGAAGAGAUGCCAUAAAGAAAGGUUAUGAUUCCUUACAAGAGUUAGUUCCAACUUGCCAACAAACUGAUGCUUCUGGUUAUAAGCCGAGUAAAGCAGCUGUGCUUCAGAAAUCCAUUGAUUAUAUUCAAUACCUUCUUCAACAAAGGAGAAGACAAGAAGAAGAGAGGAAUGCUCUUCGUAAAGAUGUGGUGGCACUGCGUAUCAUGCAAGCUAACUACGAACAAAUUGUAAAAGCUCAACAUUCUGUACCUGGACACAAUGAACAAAGGCUAACCGACCAGGACAAAUUUCAAGUGUUUCAGGGUAUAAUGGAUAAAUUAUUUGAAUCAUUUGAGUCUGUGCCUACAAACAAUUUUGCAGAAUUCUCCGCAGGUGUAUUCAACUGGCUGGAGGAAUAUUGCAAGCCACAGUCUCUGAGAACAUUAGUUCAUGGGGUUUUAAGGGAACAAAAUUAUACACCA